AGUCCUUCCAAGUUGUGGUGACAGGAAAUGGCUUCCGACAUGCCCGGAAUGUGGAUCGAGUCCUUUGUAGCUUCAGGAUCAAUGAGACAGUCACCCUCAACGAGAAACCCUUCGUAGUGGAGGACACAUACUUACUCUGCCCAGCGCCUGUCUUACAAGAAGUUGGCAUGGAAGCUGCCCUUCAAGUGAGCAUGAACGAUGGCCUCAGCUUCAUCUCCAGCUCCGUCAUCAUCUCCAGCACACACUGUUCUGAUGGGACCAUCCUGGCAAUUAUCUUGCUGAUCCUCUUCAUUCUCUUGGCUCUGGCUCUCCUCUGGUGGUUCUGGCCCCUUUGCUGUACUGUGAUUAUUAAAGAGCCCCCGCCGCCCCCGAUGGAAGACAGCGAGGAGGAAGAUGAUGAUGGACUUCCCAAAAAGAAGUGGCCAACGGUGGAUGCUUCCUAUUAUGGCGGGCGUGGAGUUGGAGGCAUUAAGCGGAUGGAGGUUCGUUGGGGAGAAAAGGGAUCGACUGAAGAAGGGGCGAAGCUGGAGAAGGCCAAGAACGCCCGCAUCAAGAUGCCAGAACAAGAGUACGAAUUCCCAGAGCCAAGGAAUCUCGGAAGCAGCAACCGCAGGUCCUCCUCACCACAGAAGUGGUACUCGCCAAUCAAGGGAAAGCUGGAUGCCCUCUGGGUUCUUCUGAGGAAAGGCUACGACCGGGUGUCCGUCAUGCGACCACAGCCAGGAGACAAGGGUCGCUGCAUUAACUUCACUCGAGUGAAGACCUCCCAGGCGCCCCCCAGAUACCCCCUCAACAACUCCUACCACCCUCCACCCCCGCCCCCAGCCCCUGCUUACAACCCUCCCCCGCUUGCCCCCAUCUACACCCCGCCAUCCCCAAGCUCCCCCACCCCUUCCCCCCCUUCCACACUGCUUCCGCCCCCUCCUCACGCUCCUCCCCCUAACCGGGCUCCUCCCCCUUCCCGACCCCCUCCCCGCCCUUCCGUCUAA